AUGUGGUUUCUGAUCAAAGCCUCGAUACCCAUCAUUCUGGCCUACAUGCUCCAAAACAGCCUGCAAACCGUAUCUGUCCUUGUCGUUGGGCGCCUCUCCUCGGAAGCUCUGGCAGUCGCUGCCUUCUCGUACAUGUUCGCCAUGGCAACGGCAUGGCUGAUUGCUUUGGGAGGGACGAGUGCGCUCGACACGUUGGCUUCGAGCAGCUUUACAGCAUCCAAAGAUAAGGGAAACUUGGGAGUCUUGCUGCAGCGAGGCCUGUUCGUCUUGACGGCCUUCUACACCGUCGUCGUCGUCAUCUGGUGUUUCUCAGAACCGCUCUUCAGGGCACUGGGCCAGCCCGAGUCCAUCUGCAUCCACAGCGCCAGGUUUCUCCAGUUGCUGGCCCCGGGAGGUCUAGGCUACGUCUGGUUUGAGUGCAUGAAGAAGUUCCUGCAGGCCCAAGGCAUCUAUCGGCCAGGGACCUACGCACUCCUUAUCACCUCCCCGCUCAACGCUGUCCUCAACUACCUCUUCAUCUACACCUUCGACUUUGGCAUAUACGGAGCCCCCGUGGCCACGGGCAUAUCCUACUGGCUUUCCUUCCUGCUCCUUGUUGCCUACGCCGCCUUGAUUCGGGGCAAGGAGUGCUGGAGCGGACUGCAGCCAAGACGGGCUCUUGCAAAUUCGUGGCCCUUUGCCAAGCUCGCCUUCCUGGGUGUCAUUCAUGUCGGCACCGAGUGGUGGGCAUUUGAGAUCGUCGCUCUUGCUGCCGGUCGGCUCGGAACGCUUCCCCUUGCGGCCCAGUCCGUUAUCAUGACGGCGGAUCAGAUCAUCAACACGAUCCCCUUUGGUCUUGGGGUCGCAGAAUCGGCUCGGCUGGGGAAUAUUCUUGGAGCAAAAAACCCCAGGGCCGCGAGACGCUCCGCGCAUUGCGCUGCCAUCCUCUCCGUCAUCUUUGGUUCCAUCAUCCUUACGGUCCUCUUCGCAACGAGACAUGUCAUCGGUGGCCUAUUCAACAGCGACAAGCGUGUUAUUUCCCUCGUCGCUGAUGUCAUUCCCUAUGUCGCCUUGUUCCAAAUUGCCGACGGACUGAACGGCAGUUGUGGUGGAGCCUUAAGGGGGAUGGGCCGUCAGUGGGUAGGGGCGCUCGUGAACUGCAUAAGCUACUACGGAGGUGCUCUUCCCGGUGGUAUCUACCUCGCUUUUCAUGGUUGGGGCUUGGCUGGUUUGUGGAUGGGACAGUGCGUUGCUCUGUCGCUCGUAGGCAUCCUGGAAUGGAUCAUUGUCGGGUUGAGCAACUGGGAAAACGAGGUUCAAAGGGCUGUGGACCGGCUAGACGAGGAGAGCCACGAUUCGAUUGUUGUUUCACACCAUUAG